AUGUCCGGCGCAGCCCCCAGUCUCUACAGCUUUCCGGAUGUCGAGUCCUUGGCGCAGCAGCUUCGCAAAUAUGUCCUGAACCAUCAAAACACCGCCCUGAACCGACACGGUUCCUUCCGAAUCGCCGUUUCUGGCGGCUCGCUUCCACACACCCUCGCCAAAGCCCUUCUUGCUCCUGGAAAGGGCACUGCCGAGGACACACCACAGUUUGCCAAAUGGGAGAUCUUCUUUGCCGAUGAGCGUGCCGUGGCCCUAGACCACCCGGACAGCAACUAUCGCCUCAUCAAGGACGAAUUGCUCGACAAGAUCCCGUCCAGUCUGGGCUCCCCCACUGUACACACCAUUGACGCCGACCACGCCACGGAUGACGAUCCCACUGAACUGGCCGAUCUAUAUCAGGACGACCUGAAGCGCACUUUCGCCGCAAAGGAUAGCAUCAAGUUCCCGGUCUUCGACUUGAUCUUGUUGGGCGUUGGCCCAGAUGGACAUACCUGCAGUCUGUUCCCAGGUCAUCCCCAAUUGCGAGAGAAAGAUGCCUGGGUGGUCGGCAUCACGGACUCACCCAAGCCUCCACCCCGGCGAAUCACCCUCACGCUGCCCGUUGUCUCACACGCCAUCAGUAUCGCUUUUGUGGCCACGGGUGGUGGGAAGAAGGAUAUUCUAAGGAAGAUCUUUGAUACUGAGGAGGGUCACGACCUUCCCAGUGGCCUGGUCAACGCAGAAGGCGGAGACAAGGUAUCCUGGUUCUCAGACGAUGCUGCGACAGAAAAUGUGUCUUUCCCAAAACGUGCCACAUGCAUUCCGCGCCCGACCAAUGCAUGCCUCAUUAUUCCCUCAGCAGUGACUAGCUUCCUCCCCGUGCUCAAGAUGUCUACAACACACAACGACCCCCCUAAACGCGCCGAAGAACGAUCGAGGGUGCCUCUGCGACAGCCGCCCAGGACAACUGGAAUUUCUUCUAUACCUGCGCCAACCUUUGCCAACGCCGAUGAUGUCGCGAACAAGAGGAAGAGUCUCCUCCCGCAACGGAACAUUUCCAUGCGAGCUCGACGUACGGAGCAACCGCAAGGACAGGUCAAUAAUAGGAAUAUAAAUGAAGAGGACCGGAAGCAACUGUCGUCGAAUACAGUGUCAACGACACAGAAGCCUGCAAGAGACCCAACACCGUUAUCAUCGCAUCGUGCUGGACAACCAUACCCACAAGAUACGAUGAAGAAGGUACCCGAGGCUGGGAGAAAUGUCUCUACUACUCGGACAAAAAUUGACCACGGCAGUCUCUCGAUGAGACCUCGUUCACCUUUAAAAUCGCAGCAGAAUGACGCCAAAGUAUCUGCUCCUCCCGUCUCGCCCAAGAAAACUCAAAUGCAGCGGCCAUCACGACCCACACGAUCUGCGUCUCUACGACAGCCAUCGGCAUCGCGGGUUGGUGUAUCUGGGGAAGGAAAGGGUCAUACGAGGCACCGCAGCCAGGUUCUGAACAGUAACACAAUAACUUUGUCGGCUGGGCAAGCCACAAGGCAGCCGGAAAAGUUGGGGCCAGCUCUAUUAAAGCCGCAGCAGCGGCCAGCCUUCAAUACUUUUCAGCAACACUUUAGUCCUAAAAAGGAACGAGAGGCUGUGCGGCUGUCUGUCACUGAGAGUAACACUAGAAAGGCUGAUAGUAGCAUACCGGCUUCGCGGUCAGAUGUCGCAGCUUUACAAACGGAGUUUUUACAAGUGUAUCUCCUCUACUCGUCAUCGAUGCAGGAAGAUGCAGAGUGGCGGUCAAUGACAGAGUCCAAGUUACGGAAAAGGUACAAUAAGGUGGCAAGUGCUUAUCAGGGGCUACUGGCAGAGGAGAAAAUCGCACAGCGACAACAAAAUUUGAAAGCUCUCCAUGAUUGGUCGGUUGAUUGCGACAACCCAGCAAAUAGACUUGACUUUGCGACGCAAAUACAAAGUCUUUCGCAGGUAAUCCAGGAAGUUGCGCACUUAACGGAGGCCGACAGCGGACGCUACACACUCGUCAUCGAAGCAUUCGAGGACUGGCUAGCAAAGUUGGAGAAUGUGAGGGAAAGUCGCAGAGAAAUUCCCGGGUUUGAUAUGGACCCCGAUCAGGUGCAAUUUGUUUACCCAAUGGACCGGGCGUGGCGAGACGAAGUAGACGCGUUGACGAGUAAAGCGGAAUAUUGCUUGCGAGGACUGCAGAAUUUGGCCCUAUUUGCUCUCGAAAACUCUCAACACGCCGACAGCUCUGCUUUGAUGCAGAUUGCUCGAGGCCAUCGAGACUUUCUGAUCCUGAUGGUUGAUGAAUUAAAAGCAAUGCGGGAGAUAGAGUUGGAGGCUGUCACGCUAGAAAAGGCGUGGGUCAGUCGUGCUGCAGACCAAUUACACACUUUGGAAGAUGAACAGCCACGCCAGGUUAAACCUAGACAAGGAGCCUGGAAGUCGGCUUGA